UCCGUUCCAAGGGAGUUCUGUCUUUCCAAUUGUUAUAUAAAGGAAGCCCUGCUCUGGUUCAUGGUUCCUUCAUCAACCAUCCCAAAUAUAUUCUCUCGCGAACUGAACACUUUAAUCGUUCGACGACUACCUUUCGACCACCUUUCGACCUCAGCUUUAAUUAUCACGCCUGCUUUGGUCUAUUAUAAUACACCGAACUCUCUAUACCUCCCCCAAUACUAUAAUCACCAAUAUCCAUCAUAAUGUCCGUCGCCAUUGAAACCACCGAGGCUCCCACUGCCCCCAACACUGCCCAGCCCGUCAUGAUGGGCCAUAAGUCGCGCAUGCCCGAGUUCAGUCUCACCGGCAAGGUCGUUUGCGUCUCCGGCGCCGGCCGUGGCCUUGGUCUGACCCAGUCCGAGGCCUUGCUGGAAGCCGGUGCGAAGGUGUACGCCCUCGACCGUCUGGAGGAGCCCGCCCCCGAAUUCGCCCAAAUCCAGCAAAAGGCCAAGGAACUCGGGACGGAGCUGCACUACCGUCGCAUUGAUGUGCGGGAUACCGAGCUGCUCAACAGCGUGAUUGAGGCUAUUGCCAACACCGAGGGGCGCAUGGACGGUCUGAUCGCCGCAGCGGGUAUUCAGCAGGAGACGCCGGCUUUGGAAUACUCUUCCAAGGACAGCAACACCAUGUUCGAGGUCAAUGUGACGGGUGUUUUCAUGACCGCGCAGGCCGUGGCCAAGCAGAUGAUUCGUUUUGGUAACGGAGGCAGCAUUGCCAUGAUCGCCAGUAUGAGCGGCACAAUUGCCAAUCGGGGUCUCAUCUGCCCCGCCUACAACGCCAGCAAAGCAGCCGUCAUCCAGCUGGGUCGUAACCUGGCUGCCGAGUGGGGUCAGUACAACAUCCGCGUCAACACCAUUUCCCCGGGCUACAUCGUCACCCAGAUGGUUGAGAAGCUGUUCAUCGAGUUCCCUGAGCGCCGCGACCAGUGGCCCAAGGAGAACAUGCUGGGCCGCCUUUCCCGCCCGGAGGAGUACCGUGGCGCCGCGGUGUUCUUGCUCAGCGAUGCGAGCAGCUUCAUGACUGGUAGUGACCUGCGCAUGGACGGUGGCCAUGCCGCAUGGUAAAUGCCGCAAGAGGGAGGGGGAGUUGACGAAUUGUAAUCACUUACAGACUCUUAGAAGGUGGAUCCAGUGAACUGGGAUUCUGGUUCUCAUUUUGCAUGGCGUUGACUUGUUCAUGUUUGAUUUAACUUUUCUGCUUUCGAUCAGCGAUAGCGUGGG